GCAGUUGGUGGAGCCCUGAGGUAACCGUUGGGGAGACAUGUUGUAACGGAGGGACUGCUGGAAGAGCCCCGAGACAGCGGAGCACGGAGCGGAGAUCGCGCAGCGUAUUGCAGUAGUCUGAGUAUUAAAUAAAUAAGUCUCUUUCAAAGUGAGACCCACUGUCACGGCGAGCGAUCCGGCCCAGCUCCGGUGUGUGGCAGGUGGCGGGAGACGCAGCCGGGAGUCAGAGCCGGGAGGUGCAGACGUGCUGAGAGACGUCAUUGCUGGGACAGCCCUGGAGGAGCGACCUAGCCGUGAGUGACAUCGUUGGGCAGUGUUAUCCAGGAGACACCAGGGCCUCCCAUCUAAAGAGACAGCACAGUGCAGCUGCUGACCGGUGUGAAUCCCAGCCAAACGUCAGGACAGUGGGACCAGUGAUUAGUAGAUGGCGUUGUGCUACUGGCACUGGGGGAUGAGACGUCAUGACAUCUGAUCCCCCAAGAAGGCGACGAGGUGCGGGACUCAGGAGACUUGGGUUGAUUUCUGAAUCUGCCUGACCGUGCUGGGACCCACAAGCCAGCUCUGAGGACCAGCGUAACGAUGUCUCCCUAUAAUGCAUGCUGUGGUCUCAUCAUUGUGGCCUCCCGGAGUCCAGUUCCUCUACAGGGGAUCUCGGUGGACAUCCAGGUGAAAGGCUUCGUGGCCGAUGUCUCCGCCACGCUCAGAUAUAAGAACCGGGAGGAGAAGGCGGUGGAGGCCGUCUUUGUGUUCCCCAUGAAUGAAGACUCUGCUGUCUACAGCUUUGAGGCGACCAUAGAAGGGAAGAAGAUCGUGGCGGACCUCCAGGAGAAGAAGCAGGCGAAGGAAACCUACGAUGAAGCCAUGAGCAAGGGUCAGCAGGCGUUCCUAUUGGAGGAGGACGCGAGCUCUGCCGACAUAUUCAGCUGCAGCGUUGGGAAUCUACCCCCCGGGCAGGAGGCGGAGGUGACCCUGAAAUACGUGCAGGAGCUGCCUGUGGAAGCUGAUGGAGCCGUGCGUUUUGUGCUUCCCGCCGUCCUCAACCCCAGAUACACCCCAAAAGACCAUGAUGUGAGUGUGACCGCCACACGCCCGCAGGUGCCUAUUGGACAGAUCCCGUACACCCUGAGCCUGAGCGCUCACUUUCAGUCUGCGUACGGCAUCGCCAAGAUAGAAUCUAACUGUGACAUCACCCCCGUGCAGUAUACGGAUGGCGACAAGACUGCAGCCAAGGUGUCGCUGGCAGAGGGACACAAGUUUGAGCGAGACGUGGAGUUACUUGUUUAUUACACGGAGGUGAACAAACCUAGUGUCGUUGUGGAGGCGGGACUUGAGUCUACGCAGGAACCGGGACCGGCUUCAUCAGAGCUCCUCAAAAAGAGACGUGUUGAUGCCACAACAGACACAUUUACGAUGGGAUCCAUUAUGGCGGACUCUGUUGUGAUGUUGAAUUUCUACCCGAGUUUUCCGGAGUCCCAGGAACAGUCCAGCUGCGGAGAGUUUAUAUUUGUUGUGGACCGGUCUGGGAGUAUGGAGUGUGGCAUGAACUCCGAGCCUAACGCUCCACAGCGGAUUCAGAGUGCUAAGGAGACCCUGGUUCUUCUAUUGAAGAGUUUGCCCCUCGGAUGUUACUUUAAUAUAUUUGGAUUUGGGUCCCACUUUGAGUCCUUCUUUUCGGAGAGUGUUCAGUACACACAGACAUCUAUGGAGGAGGCUGUGAAGAAGGUUAAUGAGAUGGAGGCCAACUUUGGAGGGACAGAAAUUCUGCAGCCUCUAAAGAAAAUCUACAAAACAGCCGGGAGACCAGAGCACCCCAGACAGCUUUUUGUCUUCACGGAUGGAGAAGUUGGGAACACAAAGGAAGUGAUAGCGGAAGUCCAGAAAAACUCCCAUAACCACCGGUGUUUCACAUUCGGGAUUGGGGAAGGAGCUUCUACGUCCCUCAUUAAAGGCAUGGCCAGAGCUGGGAGUGGAACGAGUGAGUUUAUCACUGGCAAGGACAGAAUGCAGCCCAAGGUUCUUCGAGCCCUAAAGUGCUCCUUACAGCCCACGGUGAAGGACGUCUCUCUGACAUGGACCCUUCCUUCCGGAGUGGAAGCCGUUCUCCUGUCCCUGAUCCCCACCGCCAUCUUCCAGGGUCAGAGGUCUAUAGUGUACGCCCAGCUGAAGGGAAAGGUGGAGAAUGCAGCGGAGGGUGACGUCUGCCUGCAGUACAAGUUUAAAGAUGACGUUUUAAAGAAUAAUCUUCAUUUCCCACUUAAAACUGAGAAAGCUGAAAGACCCACCAUCCACAGACUGGCAGGCAAAGCCGUGAUCUCUCAGCUGGAGCAUGGAACUGAUUCAGACUCGGAGGAGGUAAAGAAGAGAAUCUUGGAGACCAGUCUGCAAUCCGGAGUCAUCUCCUCUCUUACAGCCUUUGUAGCUGUCAACAAGGACUCUAAGACGCUGGUGGAGGGCACUGCAGUGCGCAGGGACGUCCCGGCUCCAGGAUUGAUGCCAUACGCCAUGCCAAUGAGAAUGAAUAGGAUGGGCGGUGGUCACCAAAUGAUGGCUUGUUCUAUGGCAGCACCACGCUCCAAGAAACGUGGAAUGGCCUGCUCCCCUAUGGUAAUCCACAAGCUAAGUUACAAGCGUACGAGGGACAGUGGUCAGCCAAUGAUGGAACAUUAUUAUAGUGGUAGAAAGUCAGCAGCGCCAAGCUCCAAGAAACGUGCAGUGGCCGGCGCCUCUAAAAUGGCGGUACAGAGCGCACCGGUUAUGGCGUAUGAGGACUGUAUAAACGUGGAAGAAGCUUCAAAACCUGUCCCAGUGGUGACCCCCCCACUCGUGAAGCUGAUUUCCCUGCAGAACGCUAACGGCUCCUGGAACGUGAGUCCUCAAUUAUCCACAAUCCUGGGAAUUUCGGCAAAAGAUCUAACAGACAAGAACCCGGAUCAGAACGUGGACCCGUCAGUCUGGGCGACCAUCCUGGCUGUGAUCUGGCUUCAUGCCUCCUGUCUGGAGCAAAGGGAUGAGUGGGAGUUACUGGAGGGGAAGGCCGUCUCCUGGAUUAAGUCCAGGGCAGGCUCCUCCCUGAGCAAGUUUCUCCAGGCCGGGAAUAAGUUGCUGAAAUCCUCUGUGGACCCCAAAGUGUUUGGCCUGUGAGAGGAGGCGCUCCGUGCAGGAAACAAGAUGGCGGACGGCUUUUCCUCCUAUCAGGAUGUUGCUUUUGUUAGAAUCAGUUUGUAGAACGAUAUGUUUUUGUGCCUUGUUACGCCGGUCCCCUGUGUGACCCAAACCAAAGCAGCAGGUGCUCAGUUAUUGGUGAGGGGAAGAGGGAUAUUAUUAUAUAUGUGCACUGUAUAACCCAUUAAUGUCCCAUGAUGCUUAGUGCAGCCUAGAACCUCUGCCACGCCCCACGUUGGCUAUCCCUGCUCUAGAGCUUUAGAGGUUAUAACACUAUACAAUACUUUAAACACCCCUCAUUAUUGUGCCUUAUAUAAUCAGAAAGUGUCUUGUUAAUCCGGUCAUUUUGCACCGUCUCUGAAUGUUAUCUCAUUAUCAGUCCUAAAGACGUAUCUAACCAACUGUCAUGGCGUCCAGCAAUACUUUACUAUUAAAGAAUCUCCAGUUACCGUC